AAUACUUCUCUCCACGAUGACGAGUAGCGUCUCCUGCGUGGUCGCCGCCGUCUUUUUGCUGCACCAACUCUCCGCUGUGUCAGGGUUCGACAAUGGGGGUUGUACCGCCUUACCGCCCGUCCUGGAUAACUCAAGAAAUCAGAACACCGCAGACGGCGUCUACACCUACACCUGCAAUGACGGCUUCUUCUUCCUCAGCGGCGCCACGGAGCAGAAUAGUUCUUGCAGCUCCUCCAAAACCUGGACAGACAUAUAUGACAUCUGCGCUCAGGAGUGCCCAUGGCCGAGACACUGCGCGGACGUACAGGCUUUCGGUAUCAACGACAGCGCCUCCUACCAAGUGAUCCCAUCGGGGGACCCAGCCGACCCGCCGGUCAACGUUUGGUGCGAACUGGAAGAUCAAGGCGGAGGCUGGACUCGCGUCUACUGCCAGAAGAACUCUUGUCCAGCGCCCUCCGCUCUUUCCGUUCUAACUUCUAGCUCCUGCCCUUACAGCAUAGGGCUAGACAACUGGCAACAGCUGACGGGAUCGACCAAUAGUUCCGAGGCCGCGGUCGUCAUGAACGUGGAGCUAACCCUAACUGGAGGCGGGUACAGGAUCGCGACGUACGAUAACGUCACCAUCGGCCCCAGCCCCGACUACAAACUUCUGUCCAUCGGCAAUUACCACGGAGACGCUGGCGACGCGCUGUGGCACAGCCUGGGUGUGGACUUCCUAUUGGAUUGGUGGACUCCGUGGAUCGCCAAAGACAACCAAUCGACGUAUACCCUCAUCCAACAAAGAAAAGGGUCGUUCCUGAAACCAGUGCAAACCGCCGUGGGCUGCGGUCUACUAUGGGGAUCUGUUAGUAACAUCCAGAUGGCUCAGAUUUAUAUCCGACCGAAAUCGGUUGACGAAAACACCAGCUGCCCACUCAUGCUAAAUGGCGACGUCGACUCAUCUUCGUGGAACGCCACCACUUCGGUACUGAACUUUCCGCACGAUCGCAUGCCGGGAGCGAAUCUUUCUUACAAGUGCCUGGGGGAGUUCAACAUGGAGGGAAACGUCAUUGAAGACCGAACAUUUCAGGGAAAUGUGACUUGCCUGAGCGGAAACCCUCCGCGGUGGGACAGAAACAUCACCUUACCUUGCAGCUUUGGGUGUACGGACGGCUACGUGGAGAGCCGAAAAGCCGACGAAUGCUACAAAUUCAUGGAAGAUCCUAAGGCGACCAGCUUCCUCAACGCCGCCUACUUAUGUACGGCACAGGGAGCAAAUUUGGUGCGCUUACAAUACGACAAUCUGAACGACGACCUCGUAAGCUCUGGGAUGAAUUCUUACACAGCCCACGGUGACAGGUACAACUACGACAAUCCUGACAACGCUUCAAGUCACUACGUUUGUGCGUCAUCUUCAGGCUGCGAUGUAAACAGCGACUCCGGAGGCUGUACAAUUUUAUACAACAGCACGGCUGUGGUCCGAGGGUUGUGCUCGGACACAAGAACCUAUGGUUGCAUGAAGCCAGCCGCCUGCCCAACGAAGUACAAACGCUCUGAGCUCGGCGGCAGCUGCUAUUAUAUAAGCGAUGGUUACAUCUCGUCCACUGUACCCUACAGCUACUUCUUGUCUCAACUCGCCACUUUCCAGCAGAAUUGCAGGGCGACAGGUGGAGCUCUGGCUCGUCCUACGUCACGCAGAGACCUGGAGAGCCUCGUUGGCUUUAUUCGGAAAUCUGGAGCCUAUCCAUCAAAUGUGUUGCUGGGACUGCCAGGAAGGCAAGUAAAAGCUUCCACAGUUGGUGCGCUGUCUCAUGAAUGCUUUCCGGGAUACUUCAUCAACGGCAACACCAGUAACCCUGUCGGCCAGAGGUAUUGGUGCGUGGGUAACGCUGGGAACUGGCGGUACGACCACACCAAGUACCCUGAACUGCAGAACUGCUCCAAAGUUCCAGCCGUGACGGCCAACGUUGAAGUAAUGACCACCUGA